CAGCUCCUGCCCUGUGGAGCAUGGGGUAUUGGAGAGCUGUGCUUGGGCUGCAACCCAGCGUGGAGAGCUGCUGCUUGCGUCCCACCCAGGGCUUCAGCAGGUGGGGUGUGGAGGCUGUGGGCUCGGAUUGACCAAAAGCCAUUGGAGAGGGGAAGGCACAGCCAGGGACCAAGUCCUCUGUCUCAGGAGAGCUCGGUUGGCCAGUGGGGAUGCCUGUUACUCUGUCAUCUCGAGCCAGAGCGUCCUUUAGCUUUCCUCCUCCUCCUCCCCUCCCCUCCCAGCUUUGGUCCAGGACACUGAGUCUCAAAGACCUCACUAGAAAGACCUCAGAGGCCAUAGCUGCUGCAAGGAUGGGACUGCAGCAGUAAAGCCCUGUUAGGGCUCUCCGGGCCAGGGCAGGUCUCCUGUGCUGCUCCCUUCAGCUGAGAACAAGAUAGCAGCUGUGUCUGGUCCCUUUCUUUCCUACGGGCUGAAGAAAAAAGGGGAUGUGACUUUUGUUUUGUAAGGAUGGAGAAGAGCCACCUGCAACACUGAAAUCCAUCACUUACUUCAGAUCUCAAGCAUCAAGCUUUCAUGUCCCCGGGGCACUGCGAUUUCGUACUCGGGUGGCCCCUUCAUCAUCGCGCCAUGCGUGAUCUGGGCUCCCAUUCCACCAUGCCCUCGUCAGGAAAAGCCGUCGCUGCCUCCUCCUGCCUCUCCCCCCAGUGCUUCGACCUCCUGACCAAGUCCUGCGUAAAGUGCUCUGACUUGUUCAAGGACAACACAACAGAGCCCGCCCGCAUGGUGCCCACCUCUACCCCGGCACCCACCCUCACCUCAGUGGACCUGCCCAGCACCCUCCUGAUCUUUGGGGUCCCUGCAGCGGUGGGGCUCAUCCUGUCUCUGGCUGCCUUCUUGGGCUUCCUGGCCUGCAAAGUGGGGAAGAGGAGGAAGAAGAGGAAGGCGGUGGACAAGGAGGCUGAAGCAAACAUGGAUGCCACAAGCCCCCUGCCCAGCCUGGGCUGCCAGGACCCUGCUGUGCCAGAAGGAGAUGCUGCCCUGGCCCCAACUCCGUGCCUACAUCUCAACGGAAGCCUGAAGAUGCUGGAGCCACCUGAGAAACCCGGGGCAAAGCGGAGGCCAUGCUGCCAGGGUGAUGCCGAUGACGACAUCAUCCUGCUCUCCACUAUGUACCCCCAGCAUGAGGAGUGCAACCACGGUCUCCCGCUGCCCGCCACCGAGCUGGGGGCCACGGCCCUGGUCACCACCAAAACCACGCAGAAAUGCACUGGAGAGGAGACAGCCUGAGGGCAGGGGGAAUGGGGCUGGAGUGCUCCAGCUGCUCCCUGUGGGUGCCCAGAGCCCAUCCUUGGCAUGGGCAAAGCCUUGCAUGGAUGGGAGCUGUGUGAGGACUGGGUUUUGCCUUCUAAGAUGACUGCCCUUUUCCACUUUCCUGUUUGUGCUAAGUCCCAAGUUACUCCUGUAAGUGCUAGAGGAAGCUGAAGCGGAUCAUGCUGAGUUACACUGAACUGCCAACAGCUGCCAUGGACGUACUGUUGGGAGGAGGCGGAGAAGACACAGCUGGUGAGGACAGACUGUGUGGCGGGAGCUGCUGUUCCAUUUGUGAGGCUGCCAUUGUGCCAGGAUGGGUCUGCUGCUGGAUGGGCAAUUCCUGGGAACAUGAGGCUGGAAUAGCAGAAAGGGUGGGGGAAAGGAAGAUGCAGAGGGAAGUAGGGAGUUACAUUAGGACCAAAUCUGCUGCUAUUAGCUUGAUUUUUGCUACUGACCUCAAUAAAAGGAGGGUUGGGGCCAUAUGGAGCAAGUCACAUCCAGUAGCUUCUGCUCCAUUCACAGUCCUGCCCUCUCUGUCUUCUGCACACCACAAUAUCCAGGUCUCUCCUCCCUUUGGGCACUCUCAUGUGGUGGCAGGUGUCCACCAGUGCUCAUGGGUAUCCCCUGGGGCUUGGAAACAAGUCCAUCUUCCCAAGCAGGGAGCAAGGGAGGGAAGAGGGGAAGAAAAAAAUCUGCCUUUGCUUUGACCUACAAUCACUGAAGCCAGGUAGGACCAGAGGCAGGCAAUGGAGACUGCUGGACUGUGAGCUCCAUGAGCUUGUCUUUAUGGCACCAAACAACCAUCAUUUCAACUCACUGUGGCUGCAGAAAUACCACAUGUCACCUGGGAUGGAUGUUUCCAUGCCACGCAAAAGCACGCAGGGAGCAAUGUGAGCAUAGGUGGGAUGACUUAAGUUAUGUGAGUGUCUUCAAGGCUUUGUCUGUGUGCCAGAGCUGGCCAGUGCUGUGGGUCCAACGAAUUUCUUAGGUGGUCUUGUUCACCCACCUGCAAGUGGCUUUACUGUGCAGGAAGGGCUCUGCUUCAGAAACAACUUGAUAGGUCAGGCAUUCUGUUCCCAAGUAAUUACAGCAGCUGAUCCCCCUGGCUGAAUACAGCCAGGCCAAUGGAUUGGGUGAGAAACCCUGCUGGCCCUGGAGGGGGUGAUUAGGCAAUUAGAAGUGCCUUGGGAGGGGCUAUUUGCAUGAAGCACCAUCUCAGUGGAUGCCUGGGUCUGCUCUUCCUCUGGUGACGCGUAUUCCUCACCUGGGAGGCUUCAAGGACUGAUCAGAGGUGGUCAAGCAAGGUGUGGGAGCACUGCCACCAAGUGCAAAUGGGCCACUGAGGGCCACAGCUCAUGGUAGGGCUGCCUGGUGGCACUGUGCAGAGGAGAUGUCCCUCUGAUGACAGGAAGGUGACUCCCUGCCAAAUUCUGGACUCUCUUCUUGGGCUGCAGGACCAGAUGGUGCUAUUGAAAGGCGACCCUCCCUCUUCUCCCCUGCCCUUGGCACUGGAGCCAGACUAGCAGCAUCCAUCCCAUGAGGGGAACUAUGGGCACUGCCAUAGGUGCCAAGACCCAAAUUCCUCACCACAACUCCUCUCCCAGACCUAAAUGCACUGGUGGAGGUGAGCCUUCAUCGGGCUGAGGUUCCGCAAUGACCCAGGAUGGGAUGGGUCCCUGUCUCAGCCUCAGGGCUGAGGAUAGUGGAGGGGCUGGUCCAUGUGCCGAGCAACUGUCUCCUGGGGCUCCAGGCACCCAUGGCUCACUGGCAGGAGCUGUGGAGGCUCCUGGAGCACUGGGCUUCCAGUUGUCUGCAGCAGCCAUGCUGCCUGUCUCAGGGGAAGCAUCCCUGUGGCAUGAAUUGGGCAUCUCAUCAUCCCUGUGCUCUGCACCCAGCCUUUUGAACUGACUUAGAGCAACCUUUGUGCAUCUGGAGUGGGGAAAUGAGCUGAAGGGCACUUUUUGGCACUGGAAGAAGGAAUGUUUGUGGAGCCAGAGCAACCUACUUCAUGGGAGACAGGGGAGAGAGGGAAAUGGAGCAGGACUGUCUGGAGCAUGUCCCGUUUCCCACCUGGUGACCACUGCAGCUCAGCCCUGUGGAUAUGCCACCCACGCCGAUCAGCGUGGCAAUUUGAAGAAGAAACUCCCAUACAAAUUGUGUUGAAAAAGCCCCUCUUUCUGUUCUUGUUUCUGCUAGAGCUUCAGCCAGGCAUCUCCUCUGCGGGACACCACCAGCAUCUACAGUUUGCAGAAGCAGCAUUUCAAUCCACAUUGCAUUCCUCCACUAGCAAGUGCCUCUCAGAUCUCCUCUCUUUUAUGGCAUGCAGGGUGUCUUCCCAGCAUCCUGCCUGCCCAGUGCUCCCCUCCUGCCUGGCCUGAUGUCUGCCUGGGCCUGGGAGGGAUUUGUAACCUGCUGUGUACAUGCUUCUCUAUCCUUAUGUACAGGGCAGGGUCUGUCCAUCUUGUCUGCAUGGAGAGCAGAGGGAAUGGACACUAAAAAUAUGGUUGUAAAAAUUAAAGAAUA